AUGGUUCUCAUCAAAGUGGUCGAGAGGUCAGUCCCCUUUCCUCAUCCAUCAUUUCCUGAGGACUCGAACCCUCAAACUGCCUAUCGUACUCUCGGCGACCUGUCUGCAGGUAAGCCGCUUGUCGCACUUCACGGCGGUCCCGGGAUUCCACACGUUUAUCUGGCCCCUCUUUUCACGUAUUACCACAAACAAACCAAGACUCCCGUGAUUCUGUAUGAUCAAAUCGGUUGCGGCAAAUCGACGCAUUACCCGGAGAAGCAGGGCGAUGAGUCUUUCUGGACUGUGUCGCUCUUUGUCUCCGAGCUCGAGAACUUGCUGGCCCGCCUCGGCGUCGACAAAUUUGACCUCUACGGUCACUCAUGGGGUGGCAUGCUUGCGGCUGUCAUCGCGACAGAAUCGGCAUCGCCAGUUCUGGCGCCAAAGAUUGAGAAGCUGAUAUUGGCCAGCAGCCCCGCGAGUAUGAAGUUGUGGGAAACGGCACAGCGUAAUUGGCUAAAAGAGAUGCCUAAAACUGUCCGCCAUGCAAUCGAGAAGGCGGAGAAGGAUGGCGACUACGAAUCGGAAGAGUAUCAGGCGGCCGUGAUGGAGUACUACAAGGUUCAUAUGUGUCGCAUUUGGCCAUUCCCCAAGGCCUUGGCGGACGCUUUCGAUGAGCUGGAGAAGGACCCAACGGUCUAUUCUACCAUGAAUGGACCAAGUGAGAUUACUGUCGUCGGGAACCUGAAGAGUUACGAUUGGAGUGAGAAGUGCAGAGAGAUCAAAGUCCCUACUCUCGUUAUCCAUGGCGAGUUUGACGAGGCGUCUUAUUUAGUGGUUGAGCCUUUGGUCAAGAACAUUCGCAACUCUAAAUGGAUUACUGUCAGCAAUGGGGCUCAUAUUGUUCACUUAGAGCAACUUGAGAAGUACUCAUGGUUUCUGGAGAAGUUCCUACAUGGCUGA